ACGACGACUCGUUUGGCUUCGAGGACGUCGAUGAUGGGCAUGCCGGCGAGGGGACCCGCCGCCUCCUUGGCCGACGGAUUCACCGUGUCGUUGGCACCAAUCACUGCCGAGGCACAGAGAGAGAGAGAGAGAGACAUACACGAGCAGAUGUGUAUGUGUGUGUGUAUGUGUGUGUGUGUGUGGUCGCGCUGACUGACCGAGAGCGAUGUCGACGGGGUUUUGUGAAUCAGCGAGUAUGGCGUUGAUGUCGUCUAUCUCCUUGACGGCCUCGUAGGGCACGCCGGCCUCGGCCAGUAUCACGUUCAUCUGUCCCGGCAUGCGGCCCGCCACUGGGUGGAUGCCGAACAACACCUCCAGGCCGUGCGCAGUCAACAGCUCGUACACCUACAUCACAAAUCGAUGGAAAAAUGGACACACACAGAUGGAUGGAUGGAUGGAUGGAUGGCGGGCGUCUGUCUCAUGUGGGUGGCGUGGUGUGCACAGCACACUGACUGACCUCUCCGACGGUGGCUGCUGCGCGUGCGGCCGCCAUUCCGUAGCCCGGCACGAUCACGAUGCGCUUGGCGUCGGCGGCGACGAGCAAUUCGGCCACCUCGUUGGCUGUCGUCUCGAGCACCAUCCCCUCUGCCGCCACGUCGGCCGCUCCGCCCUCCGCACCGAAGCCGCCCACGAUCACACUGAUGAACGAACUGCACACACACACACACAGACAUGCACACAGACAUACAGAGAUGUGUGUUGGUUGUGUAUGUGUGUGUGGGGUGGUGGUCAGAGGGGCCACACACUGACCGACCGGUUCAUGUUUUUGCACAUGACGUAUGAGAGGAUGGCGCCGGACGAUCCGAUGAGUGCCCCAGUGAUGAUCAGCAGAUUGUUGUCCAGCAUCCUGUUCGUUCCCCACACACCACACCACACACAUUUCUGAUGUCUGUCGACAUGUGUGUGGUGUGUCUCUCCCCCCUCCCUCCUCCCUCUCUGUGUCUUUGUGUCUUUGUGUGUGUUAGUUACCAUCCGAGUGCGGCGAUUGCGAAUCCGCUGUAUGAGUUGAGCAUGGAGAUGACCACAGGCAUGUCGGCGGCCCCAAUGCCCAUGACCAGCAGAAACCCAAACACGACCGAGAAGACCGCAUUCAGCACCAGCGUCAUCAGGUUGACCUCGAAGUCCACCGACGUCGCAAAGGCCACGCCCAGCCCGGCGAUGAGCAGCAGCAUCAGGGCGUUGGUGGCGUGGCGGAAUGCUGUCCGCCCGAAGGACAGAGGGGCCGAGGGCAGCAGGUCCGUCAGCUUCCCGCAAGCCACCACACUGCCAGCGAACGUCACGGCCGCGAUGAACUCGCCAAUGUAGGUCUCCAACUUGUGACUGACAGACAGACAGACGGACAGAAAGAAAUGUCAACACAGACACUCAUCGAUGGUCUGAUGGAUGGACAGGCUUACUUACGCGAGGUGUUCUGUCUUGAUGUCGAGUUCAGGUCCAAGGAGGUUGCCGAAGGCCACGAGCAUGGCCGCGAGGCCGACGGUGGCGUGCAGUCCGGCAAUGAGCUGUGGCGUCUGGGUCAUCUGUGUGCGCCUGGAGAGCAAGACGCCUCCCGCGAAGCCAGGCAGGGCCAGGAGGAAGAAGAGGACGUAUUGGCCGCCGAAGCCGAUCUCGGUGAAGGUGACGAGGAUUGCGGCCGCCAUGCCGACCAUGCCGACGAUGUUGCCGUGCAUGGCCGUGGAGGGGUGACUGAGGCCGUACAGGGCCGCGAUGAAACACACAGCCGAGAAGAUGUACACCUGCAAUCAAGCAAGCAACCGAUGGAGUCAGUCCGACCCACAAUGAUCCAUCCAUCCAUUCAUUCAUCCAUCCAUCCAUUGCAAUCAAUGAGAGAGACUGACCGCCAUGAGCAGUGAGGGCAUCCGCGAGACGGCGAUGGGCUGCACGGGUGGCAUCUCCUCCUUUGGCGCUUCGCUCGACGGCGCACGACUGACACAGACACGGACACUGUGAGUGAUGGCAACUUGUGUCUCCGUUUGUUGUAGCUGGUCCCUCACGGGUGUGGUUUGACAUGUUUGUGGUGCUUUGGGUGUCUCGGCGAGUUGACGGGGAAGUGCGUGUCUUCGUCAACGGCAGUCUUCAACGCUGGCAU